AAACCCGGAUUCCUCUGCCGCCAGGCGAAACUGCGCAUGCGUGAUACGCUUUCCUGGAGUAGAGUCCAAGAAGUUCCAAUUGCAAAUCUCAUUAGAUGCGCCGGGAUCGGGUUUGUGAGCCGGUGCCUGGAGCCGCCCGGUCAGAUCGGAGUGAAUAAGCUUUUGCACAAUCCUCAAUACGUCAUUGAUAGACUCUCCUGCCUGUUGUGCUAGGAUAUGGAAUGGAUGCCAUAGUCAACCAAAACUGUGAUGCGAUCAGCCUGAUCAAAGUGAAGGAAGAAACCAAACUUGUGCUUGAAGCCUUUUUAAAGCGAUUCUUGAGCCACGAAGAGGCCGAUAAUGUUGGGCACGUGGGACGCGCUUAUCACGACCCUAAAAAAUACAUCCACAGGUCCAAUCGAGAGGAGGGGAAGGAAGCAUCUUCAAAGAAACGUGAGAAGAAGAAGUCAAAAGAACCUGCCCGAGGAAAAGAUGAGAGAAGCCGGAGCCCAGUUUUUGGUGGAUCGUCGGCUCAGGUGGAAAAUGGCAACUGGAAUUCUCUUCAUGAAGAGAUCAACCGGGUAGAAGAGUCCAAGCACGGCUUCCAAACAAACAUCAAGAAGCUCCUGCGAAGACACAGUCAGUCGAAGGAGAAAGCAGCUAGCCUUAAAUACAAAGGGGGAAGCAUUCACAGCAAAUCCAGGGACUCGCUAGACAAAGUGCUUGAUGACUCUAGUAAAAGUGGUAGCAAAAAAGAUUCCUUGAAGCGACCCAAAUCCCCCAACCCUUUACUUGCUUGUACUGUAGCUGGCUCUGUUGACUCUUUGGUCCAGAAGACCCAGAUGAAAACAGAGACCCCAGAAAAAGAUAUUCAAGGGGCACAUAAGAAACAAAGCCGACCCUUUUCCCUUAAAAAUAUUUUGAGGAAAAAACAGAAAGAUCAUGGUUCAGAGACAGAUGUUCCACAUGCAAGACCAAGCUUUCUGCCGUUGGACCCUUGCUACAAAAAAGAUGACCCGCAUUCUCGUGUUCCGGAUAUGGGCAAGAGAGGGAAAGUUGAUGAGACUGAAAUUUACAAUUUGGCUGCUAAGAAGUUGGACAAACUAGUGAAACACCAGAGGUUGAAGAGCCCAACGGCAACCACAGCACCACCUCUCCCGCCAAGUGCUGAAAUAAGUGAUGGAAAGCCACAGUUAUUCGAAAACAACAAUGUUGCGGCAAGUGGAGUUUCACAUAGUGAAGAUAAAGACAUGGUGAUUCGCCAGUUGGUAGUGCUGCUUCACGAGCAGGCGAAUGUCAUCAAUGAUAAGAUUAACAAUGAUCCCUUUCUGAGGAACACACUCAGCAGGAUGUCUUAUGGCAGCUUUUCCAAGCUAGCGGAGGUUUUUACCAGCCAAGCUGCGGUACCAAAUGAAGUAGCUGGAGUCAAUGUGAGCCCCGAACUGACUAAGAUUGCCCUCACUAUGGAGUUAACCAGGAAGGUUGCCGGAAUCAACAGCCAUGCUGUACACCAGCUGAUGGGCUAUAGUAUGGAAUACAUGGAUAUGUUUGUACCGUGGCUGCAGAAGCAAGGGGGCUGGGAGAACAUUAUUUCUCAAGAUGACAUUGCUCAAAUUGAUUAAAGCCAGAAACUCUAGUCUACCUCGGAGCCGGAGCACUUCAGCUCUUCUGGGAACUACACAAUCCAGAAGAAUGGACCUGUGGCACGCACGGUGCACGCUGCACGCUGCUUAAAUUAUUUGCAAAGAGAACAGAAUGUUUUUACAACUUUAAGAAAACCUCAGUGGAUAAUUCUUAUCAAACUUUUUUUUUUUUUUUACUGAAAAAUGUUUUAAAUACUUUUUAAAAUGUACUGUGACAUACAGACGCUUGAGCCAAUUGUGUUUUCUCAGGAAGUGAUGGUAUGCUAACGCUUGGGUGCUACUUACUGACAAAGAUUCAGAAAAACAAUGCCCCUAUGUUAAAACUGGGGCAUGUGCAUUUAUAUACAGCAAAUACUAAUGGAGACUGACUUGCACACAUGGGGUUUUACAAACCAUUAGACCAAUGGCGCAUCACACGGGGCAGUUUCUCUAAUGAAAAGUUCCUAUGCUGCUUCCCAAGGACCCUAAUAAACUUCCUGAUGCCGAAAGUAGUUAUCCGUAGGAAAAUGUUCUAAUUCACAUUUUCAUGUGAGAACGGACUGCACCAACAUCGUAAAGAUUUCAUUAAGGUCAUUGGGAAGCUGCAUGAAUGGUUUGUCUGUUUCCCAGAAACGCACCCAUUGUGCCAGUAGCCUUCAGAUGGUAACUGAAAUGCUAAAAUGGUUCUAAGAUCCCAGUUUUUAGAACAAAAAGGGGAAAUAGAGAAAAACACUAGAGAGAGUAUGAAACAAAUCUGAGACUUUUCGCUACUGUUUGCAGCUGUUUUAAAGUGGAAUAGGGAAAAAUUACAUAAGUUCAAACUUUUAAGUAUUACCCUUUUGUGCUGGCACUUAGAGGGUUUUAGGAACCCACAAGCAGUUUGCACAUUGAAAGAGAGUCUAUGCAGUGGUUUUUAUAUUUUUUUGCAAAAAUACCACUAUAUAUUUAUCCAUUUUAUUGACUUGAGCAUUGACCUAAGAAGCACCAGCUGCCUAUGCACAAAGGAAUUGCCAUGACAUUUGGUACAUCCAAAAGUGGAUGCUUCAGCUUUUGAAGGAUAAUUGAGCCUAACGCUGGCAGUUGGGUGAGCUAGAGAUGCUGCCAAUUACUGCAAUAAAAGAACAGACCAAAGCCAUUACCUGUACUUUCAAAAGUUUGCAUGUUCCACAUCUUCUAGUACUUUUAUCAAAAAAAACAACCUUUUGGCUUUAAUGAACCACUAAAAAAAAAAAAGAAGAAAGAAUGACGUGCAGUAUAACAUAAAACCCUUGCCAAACGUACAACCAAUAUUUUCACAUUUCUCUUUUUAAUUAUUUUUUUUAAUAUAUGUGUUCAAAAAAGGGAAUGCUAGGUAAAACCACAUUCAGUGACAGUCCAUGGUACACACCAAGUUGGCAGUAUUUUUUGUACUUUUUUUUUUUUACGGUUGGAUUUAAUGAUCUUUUUUUUUUUUUAUCUUGUUUUAUAAACUUGAUUUGAAUCAAUUUAUAAAUGUGUUAAAGGGGUUUUUUUUGUUUUUUUUAUGAUGCAACAAGCUCUUUUGUGCUGGGUCACAAAAAAGAAAUCUGUGUGGCCACUGUUUUUCUGUGGCUACUAGAAACUACCAUGUGAAAAUUGAUAGCACAUAAUAAUUUAAUGUGAAGUUUACCUUCAAAUUAGCACUGCCAUUCAUUGUAGUUUUAUUACCACUGUAGCAUUUUUAGGGUAAUGGUACACGGUGUGCUGGGAAAUACCCCUGCAUAAAGUACCAAGGUAAUUGCACUGAUCCUUAUCAGAGGGGAGUCAAACCGAUUCCAACUUAUUGGCACAUUUCUAUGAUUUGAUAAAUCUGUCCCUUUAUCUGGGUCCCCAGGAGAAAGGUAUAGAAGCUCUUUAAAGUUAAAACAAGUGUCCUUUUUGAAGGUAAAUCUGAUAUUUUUUUAUAACUGACAAAUUCUCUGUAAAUGUCUUGGAUUUACAACUGUGAGUAGUACUUUAUUUGGAAAUAUGGCUGUUCUAAUGUUUGACUGAUGAAGAUCUAUUAAAAUAGACUUGGUCCUUG